AGCUGCGCUGGCAGCCCGCGGAGGGGAGGCUGCAGAGCGAGGGCAGGAGGACUACUUCCCAGCACCUCAGCCUCUUGCCAUGUCCGACCCCAUCACACUGAACGUCGGGGGGAAGCUCUACACCACCUCACUGGCAACCCUGACCAGCUUCCCCGACUCCAUGCUGGGUGCCAUGUUCAGCGGGAAGAUGCCGACCAAGAGGGACAGCCAGGGCAACUGCUUCAUUGACCGUGAUGGCAAAGUGUUCCGCUACAUCCUCAACUUCCUGCGAACCUCCCACCUGGACCUGCCAGAGGACUUCCAGGAGAUGGGCCUGCUCCGCAGGGAGGCCGACUUCUACCAGGUGCAGCCCCUGAUCGAGGCCCUGCAGGAGAAGGAGGUGGAGCUCUCCAAGGCCGAGAAGAAUGCCAUGCUCAACAUCACUCUGAACCAGCGUGUGCAGACAGUCCACUUCACUGUGCGUGAGGCGCCCCAGAUCUACAGCCUGUCGUCCUCCAGCAUGGAGGUCUUCAAUGCCAACAUCUUUAGCACCUCCUGCCUCUUCCUCAAGCUCCUUGGCUCCAAGCUCUUCUACUGCUCUAAUGGCAAUCUCUCCUCCAUCACCAGCCACUUGCAAGAUCCCAACCACCUGACUCUGGACUGGGUGGCCAAUGUGGAGGGCCUGCCAGAGGAGGAGUACACCAAGCAGAACCUCAAGAGGCUCUGGGUGGUGCCCGCCAACAAGCAGAUCAAUAGUUUCCAGGUCUUUGUGGAGGAGGUACUGAAAAUCGCUCUGAGUGAUGGCUUCUGCAUCGAUUCUUCUCACCCGCAUGCUCUAGAUUUUAUGAACAAUAAGAUUAUUCGAUUAAUACGGUACAGGUAAAAGGACCCCAGCAACACUGGAGAGGGGAAGUCCCAAGAAGCUUAUGUCAGCCAAGGUCUUGGAGAGUGUCUCGCCAGUAGUGUGAGGCAGGGUACCGUACUAAUCCAUACUAACUGCAUAGCAGGACUUGAUUCCCCCGUGAUGAAGUCCACCUUUUGGAAUCCACAUGUCCUCUGAGAAGAACCACCUUUUUUCUUGCCAUUCUGAGCUGGAGAUGGGCAGUUUAUUAUGACAGGUGAAGAGUCAGCUGAUCUGUGCUAAAGGAGGCUACAGGAGGACUUUCUGGCCGGGACAAAGGAGCAGCAGUUCUCUUACGGGCUCCAUCUCUGUCUGCGCCACUAGCCAGUGCCGCAUUUACCCAUCUGUGAAAAGGCCCCUGGAAAGGAUACGGGAUGAGAACAAGUUUCCCUUUGGUCUCCCAGAACAUGAAGUGCCCAGUGGUCCCCAUCACACCUGCUCUUCCCUCCCCUCGGUUGCAUCCAGAACCUUGGACUUGUUUGCCCAGGGGCGACCGUGUUUGGCUGGCUUGGAAUGCAGUGUGUUCUCAGAGCUCUGUCAGCAUCCCCACUGGGGGAGAGAGCUGAGCUGUGCCAUGUCCAGAGGAGGGGGUGUCCAGGCAGGGUUCAGAAGGUGGGGAUGUCCCCUCGACAAGGCCGAGUCUAAGCAUUUCUGGCUUCAGAAGUGGGCUGCUGUCCCUGCGAAGAUACGAAAGUAUCUGGAACCAGUGUGACAUGCUUCAGAAUCCAGUCUGUUGCCUGACUUUCAUAAUUCUUUUCCCAAAAAUUUGAGGUCCCAUUGAAACAGGUCAUUUUAAAGAAAUGUAUUAUGGAUUCUCAGGGUUGGAAAAUAAUUCAACAACUGCUUGGUCCUGCCCUGCCCCAAGCACACCCCAGCACAUGUGGGGGUCAGCACCUCUCCCUGAGUACCUCCAAGCAGUCACCUAUGCCUGCUUGUAUACCUCUGGUGACAGGAAGCUCGCCUUCCCCAGGGCAGUUCCUGCCAUGGUUGGAUGGUGCUGACUGUUAGAAAGUUCUUCUUCAUAUUGAGCCAAAAUCUGUCCUGCCGCUUUGAUGUGCUGGAUCUUGGUUGCAGACCUUCUUUCUCACCCCAAUGUGUAUCUUCACUUUCAGAAUAGUCACCCUAAGAGGCCAGAUGCUUAUUCUGAAAAUAUCGUUACUCAGAAUUCGGAUUCCCCUUUGGGAUCAGUCUUCAGAAUCAAAGUCGCUCGUUUCCAUCCCCUGUCAGUCCUUUUGUUACAGCUUCACCUUGUUUGUGACCCCACUUCACCCACCUUCCCCACCAGCCAUGGCUCCACAUGCCUUCUUGACCACUGUUGGAAGCCCCUGAGGAGGUCCAGAGGAAAGAGACAGGAUCUCCGCAGGCAGUGUGCAGCGAGGAGCCCGGGAGUGGUCCGAACCAUAACAUUGCCCUUGGAGUGAGUCUCCAGCCCCUAAGACACUGCUCUCAGGGAGGCGGCCUUCCCCUGUAAUACUGUGUCUAGUUGUAACUAGCCCGUGGGUCUCCUUGGGGUGCCAUCCAGGACAAGCAACCCUAAGCCACUACUUCCUAUCGGGUGAUGAGCCAUGCAGGCCUCCAAACUGCACGUUAUGAUUCACCCCUGGAGUGUGGCCUUGGGAGUCCUGCAGUCUUACCCACUGGGCAGGGGCCCUCAAAGCCAGGGAAGCCUGGUGACACAGGCACCCACGGAAGGUAGACCAGGGAAGGGGCUUCCCACGGUUAUACCCUGUAAGCAGGGAGCUUGUGUGCUGGGCCGUGGGCAGGGCCAGGUCCCUCAGGCAAUAAAGGCCUUUCCCCCCGACCACAUUGGAACCCAGGAGUCUUUGUGACAGCUGUCCCAGGCCACCAGGCCAACAUAACUUGGAAAAGCCCCUCAAGGAAAACCCAGUUAGACCAAGCAACAAAAGCUGUGACUACAACAAAACAAUUCAAGGAAGAAAUCUCAUGAAUCAUCACUGCCCUUUUUUCUCUCCAUAAAACUACUUUCACCAUCUUGUGGUGCUUCCUAAUUCAAGCAGCUUGACUUUAGGGAAAUUACAGAACCUGUGAAGCCACUAACAUGCUGUGUGACUUUGUGCAAGUCACUCACCUCACUGAGCCACCUCUGU